AUGUCUGAAGUAAAUAGAGAAAAUAGAGCUGAAUAUAUACGGAGAAUCCUUUUCUCACAACUUCCUGAAAGACGUAAUGCUUUUGAUGUUGACAUGCUUCUUAGUGAAUAUGCUGAGUUGGUUGAUAACAUGAAGAAUGGGAUUAAUAAUUACGCUGAGGGAGCACUCAGGCUCGCUGAAGGCUGUAAAAAUGAGAGCAACCACUGGCGUAGCGCGAUGACAGUCGACAUAGCCUUAAAUGCACUUGAAGGAGUUACUUUCAAACAAUCCUGUCCCUUCGCAAAUCAAUCACUUCCCAGUGACUUUGAUGUUACCAAAUUUUGUAGUAUGUUAACUGAACUGUUCGAUGGAGAAGGUUCUUCUAACCAGGUUUGCGAAUCGGUUAGAAACACAAAUGUACAUUUUUCUUCUGUUGGUCAAAAGCGUUCUUCAGUAGAUUUCGAAAAGCAUUAUUCUUCUCCUAAAAGACAUUUAGAAAAAUCACAAAGUACAAGCUUGCAUAAAAAUUCCAGUAAUAGCAACCAUAACACUGAAGUAACUGAAUCUGAGUCGACUCUUUUCCAAACAGCAGGAUCCUUGCUGGAACAAAAUCUAAAAUCGAAACAAAAUGAAAAUAACAAUAGAAUAUCUCUGAUGUAUGGCUCCUCUAAACGAUCUUUAGGGAGUCGUCGAGGUGUUCGGGGUAACAUUGUCCCACCAUUUGAAAAAGAUUCAGAUUCGACAUCAAACUACAGUGCAGAAAACAAAUCAGAGGCAUCUAUAUGUGAUGAACGACUGAAACAAUUUGACCAAAAGAUUGUUGAUAUGAUUAUGAGUGAGAUAAUGGAUUCCAAGAGUUCAAUUACAUGGGAUGAUAUUGCUGGUCUUGAAUUUUCUAAGAAAACAUUGCAGGAAAUUGUAAUACUUCCUAUGCUUAGACCGGACCUUUUUGUUGGGCUUCGUGGACCUCCAAAGGGCUUGCUACUUUUUGGCCCUCCUGGGACAGGAAAAACUUUGAUCGGUAAAUGUAUUGCAUCACAAAGUAACUCGACAUUUUUCAGCAUCAGCGCUUCCUCUCUUACUUCAAAAUGGGUUGGUGAAGGUGAGAAAUUGGUGCGUGCAUUGUUCUCAAUUGCUCGGAUUCAUCAACCAUCUGUUAUUUUUAUUGAUGAAGUCGAUUCUCUGCUUACUCAACGCUCCGAAACAGAACAUGAGUCAAGCAGACGGAUUAAAACCGAGUUCUUAGUACAGCUAGACGGAAUAACAACAAAUGACGAUGAACGCAUACUUUUCAUUGGAGCCACAAACAGACCUCAGGAACUUGAUGAGGCCGCCAGACGGCGGUUUGUCAAGCGAUUGUAUAUCCCAUUGCCUACCAGGAGCGCGCGAAAGCAAAUAGUACAAAGAUUACUGCGACAAAACCAUCACACACUAAAAGAGGAAGACUUUUGGGACAUUGCUGAUCGUGCUGAUGGUUAUUCGGGAGCAGACAUGGCAAAUCUCUGUCGAGAAGCUGCAAUGGGACCUAUACGCUCUCUGACAAUAGAAGCAAUACAACAUAUAGCAUGCGACGAAGUUAGACCAGUCGAACUGACUGACUUUCAUGCUGCUUUCAGACAAGUUAGAGCAAGUAAUUCGUCCAGUGAUCUGGAACAGUAUCUGAAAUGGAAUAGUCAGUAUGGAAGUUUCGAAGUUUAG